ACGUAUAUAGACAUUUGGCAAAGCAAAGAUAGGAGAUGGUAGAUAAAGUUGCUCAGCUGCCUCUUCUUCUUCUCUACUUUGCUUUGAUGCCAAGCCAAUUGGAUUCCUUCUUUCUCCCAAAACAACGUGAGUAGUAUUUUGCAGCAAUCGGGGAGGGAGCAGGGAGCUUCUCUGCUCUCUGUGAUUGCAUUCAUGGCCGCCGCCGGCGACAACCAGCAGUGGGUGCCCUACGUGCCGACGAGGGACUGCUCCAUGGGAUUCUGCAGCGUCUACUGUCCGCAGUGGUGCUACGUCAUCUUCCCGCCGCCUCCGCCCUCGGAGUUUUCGGACGACGGCUCCGGCGUCAACUUCUCCCCCCUGGUCAUCGCCAUCAUCGGCGUGCUCGCCGGCGCCCUCCUCCUCAUCUGCUACUACACCGUCGUGUCCAAGUACUGCGGGGGCUUCCGGUCGGUGCACCGGUGGUUCAACCCUCCGGCGGCAGCCGGCGACAGCCUCGAUCUCCCCGGCGGCCGGCCGCGGCGCAGCGAGGCCGGGUGGCCGCAGGACUCGCCGGCGAACGGCGUCGACGAGGCGUUGAUAAGAAAGAUCGCGGUGCACAAGUACCGGCGGGGGGACGGGGUGGUGCAGAGUGCCGAUUGCUCUGUUUGCCUCAGCGAGUUCCGGGAGGAGGAGAGCCUCCGGCUGCUGCCCAAGUGCGGCCACGCCUUCCAUCUCCAGUGCAUCGAUACGUGGUUGCGGUCGCACUCCAACUGCCCACUCUGCCGGGCCAGUAUAAACAUUCCCCUACAUCCGCCGCCGCCAUCGCCUCCGCCUCCGGCGGCUGCGACGGCGGAACGAGUGGUCCUGGAGGCGCCGGGAAGAGACGAGAUGGUGAUAGUGGUGGAGGAGAGAGUGGAAGAAGAAGAAAGGCGGGAGCUUGGAAAGCACGCGCCGCCCCAAAUCGCAGCCGAGCAGAGCCGGCACAGCAAAGUCGAUAUCAGGGACGACGACGAGGAGGAAGAAGAAAAAGAUCGCCGACCGAUAAAGCGAUCGUUCUCGACGGAAAACGCGUCGAACCAAGACAAGGUUUCGAUCGCAGACGUCCUGCAGAUUGGAACGGAGGACGAGGCGUCGUCGGCCGCGGCCGCCGGCACCAGUACGUCGGCGCACGGGAACGACGGCCGCCGAAACAGAGCACCGCAUGGCGGCGCGAGCAGAUCGCUCCCCAGUGACAGAUUCUGCUAAUUCCAACUUAUAAUUCUUGAGUUACUCGGUUGAAUUCGUGAAUCCCGAAAGAAUUAUUUUUUUCCUGGCAAAAGAAUCCAAUCCGAAAGAAUUCAAGCGUCGGCCAAAUUGAUCAAGAAGUGUCUCUGUGCUUUUCCAAUUCUUUCUUUCAAUCUUUAUUUCUUUUUAUUGCUAAUAAUUCAACAAAGAAAGAGAACAAGCAAAAGUUCUCCUCGUCGCCA